GACAGUAGCUUGGUCACGAUGUUGAAAUCGUGUCAAACAACACCUUAUACAGAUCAAUGUGGAAACAUAGGAAUCUUAUGGAACUGUAGCGGAUUUCAUAUAGACAGACUACCACUGGAAAUACCAGAUGAAUUACUGAGCCGCAAUGUCACCUUGGAUUUGUCCUUUAAUAGAUUUUCUACUCUUAACGAAAGUAUUUUUGAAAAUCUUGCAAAUAUGUCAGUUGUGACAUCCAUAAUUCUCAAUCACAAUAACAUAACAAAGAUCGGAAGCAAAACCUUUCAUGCACUCACAGACUUGUGUAGUUUGGACAUUUCAUAUUGUCAUCUUAAUUACGAUAGCAUAGGAGUAGACGUAUUCUCUCAUCUACCAAUCAAGUACCUUAAAAUUGAUCAUAAUAAUUUCAAAAGGGAACACAUGUACCCGGAUGUUGCACUUUCUGCACUUCAGUCGUUGUGUAGUCUAGAAAUAGACGUUUUUAAAAAUUUUGAAUUUACAACUCCAUUUGAAAACCUAACAAGUUUGUCUGAAUUAAAGUUUAAUAUUCAAAGUGAUUUCAGAUUAUCAAAUACGUCCUUUUUAGGACUCAAGAGCUCAAAAAUCAAACACCUAAAUCUGACUUUUGCAAAUCACGUGUAUUGUGACGUCAAUGAGGAUUUGUUUUGUUCUUUUCCCUACCUUACUGAUGUCAUAAUUAAUUUUGGUGGUAAAUGUGACGUGACUCCGGCAUUACGCUCUCUAAAAUGUCUGCAGCAUCGCAAUAUUAAUAACAUUACACUUUAUGAAAAUAAGAAAAAAAUUGAGACAGAUGUAAUAAUUCUAAAUGAUAAGUUACUUGAACACGCUGUUAAUAUCUGUGUUCGAAAAUUUUUUUUGAUUGAAAACAAUAUUGCAGCUAUAACAAAAAAUAUUCAUAGCACAACGUUAUGGAAUUGUUUGCAGGAAUUAGAUUUAAGCAAAAACGAUUUGCAUGUUGUGGAUGUUUCAGUGCUUGCUUCUUGGUUCUUAGCACCUAAAUUGAAAAAACUGAAUUAUUGCUGCAAUGAUCCGUAUCGUGUUAAAAGCAGCUUUGCUGAUAUAGUACAAUACUAUUAUCGGGGUACUGCGUAUAUCAAUCUAACUUUACCAGAGAAACUCGAAGAAGACUAUGCCUGGAUUAUUCGUUAUCUGUAUCCAAAAUUGGAAAGUUUGAAUAUAAACGCGUGGUUUAAGGACAAGGAUUCGGUUCCAGGAACCUGGGAAGCAGAGGAAAUAGUUAAAUGUAUUAAUGAAAGUAGAAAAGUGUUGUUUGUUAUCACUGGAUGUUUUCUGGAGAGUGGUUGGGCUUCGUUCGCCGUCCAGAUGGCGAUUACUCACGCCUUCCACAACCACCGUCAGAGUUCCAUUGUUGUCAUCAUCAACGACAAUAUACCAUUGGAGAAACUCCCGAACGAUAUAAAAAAUAUAUGGUGGUGCAUUGAGUAUUUAAGGUGGCCUACAGAAAGUGAAAAUGAUGAUUCAAUAAUUGCUAAGUUGUCAAAUUUGUUAAAACCUAGAGAUGCAUAA